AUGACUUGUAAUCCAGCAUGGCCAGAGAUUAAAGCUGAGUUAGGACCUAAUGAGGAAGCUCAAAAUAGACCAGAUUUAACCUCUCGUGUUUUUAGAGCAAAAAUGGAACAACUGAAGGAUGACAUCAUAAAACAUCAAAUCUUUGGGAAAGUCAUUGCAUAUGUUUACGUCGUUGAAUUUCAAAAGAGAGGUCUUCCACAUAUGCAUCUAUUGUUAAUUCUAGCACCUGGACAAAAGCCUUUAUCUCCUGAUACUUAUGAUUCAAUCGUAUCUGCUGAACUUCCUGAUCAAAAAAAACAUCCUCAUUUGUUUUCUAUGGUGGUGAAACACAUGAUGCAUGGACCUUGUGGUGAAAUGAAUCCAAACAACAUUUGCAUGAAGAAUGGGAAAUGCAAAAAUCAUUAUCCCAAAAAUUUUGAACCUAUAACAAGAUCUUCCAAAGACUCAUACCCAAUAUACAAGCGUCGUGCUGAUGGUAAUCAAGUGAAAAUCAGAGGGCAAAUUUUGGAUAACCGUUGGGUAGUUCCGUACAAUCCAUAUCUUCUUGCCAAAUAUGAUUGCCACAUUAAUGUGGAAAUUUGUUCAACAAUCAAAGCUGUCAAAUAUUUGUACAAGUAUAUUUACAAAGGCCAUGAUAAAAUUGCAUUCCAUAUUGUUCAAGAAAAUCAAUCAGAAAUCAUAGAUGAAAUCCAACAAUUUCAGUCCGCAAGAUGGAUUUCACCUCCAGAGGCAAUGUGGAGAAUUUAUGCAUUCUCUUUGAAUGACAUAUACCCAUCAGUAAUCCAUCUUCAAAUCCACCUUGAACACCAACAAUUUGUUACUUUCAAUCCUUCAGAUGACCUAAAUUCUGUGUUAAAUAAUCCCAUCCGUUCGAAAACAAUGUUGACUGAAUUCUUUUUGAUGAACAAGUCAAAUGAGAAGGCAAAGCUUGGAAAAUAUUUAUAUAAGGAAUUCCCUGAACAUUUUGUUUGGUGGCAACAAGAUAGAAUGUGGACUGAGCGAAAAAAGGGCAAUGUUAUUGGGCGCAUUGUCACAGCACAUCCUGCACAAGGUGAAAGAUAUUACCUUAGGUUACUUCUAAACAACAUCAGAGGCCCUACAUCAUUUGAAUCCUUGAGAACCAUAAAUGGAAGAAAAGCAAAAACUUUUCGAGAAGCUGCCCUUCUCUAUGGUCUCUUACAAUCAGACAACAAUCUUGAACAAUGCUUGGAGGAAGCAAUCUCUUACCAAAUGCCUUACUCUCUAAGAAGAUUGUUUGCAACCAUUCUCAUUCAUUGUGUUCCUAAUAAUCCAAAGUAG